AUGAGACCUAGUAUAAUAAAGCUAUUCAAUUUACAAGUGUUACCAUAUACAUUAAUAAAGAAGACGAAAUUACCGCCAAGACCGAAGUUCACAGAAUUAAUGGAAAAAGAAUGUGAGGAAAAGUUUAUGCAUGGAGGACGAGGUCCUGGAGGUCAAAAGAUUAACAAAUGUAAUUCUAAAGUGCAAUUGAGACAUAUGCCUACCGGAUUAUCUAUAUCGUGUCAAGAAACUCGUUCAAGAGAACAAAAUAGAAAGAUUGCAAGAGAAAAGAUGGCCUUAGAACUUGAACGAUAUACUUUGAUGAUGGAAAAGAAGGUAGAUAAGGAUGGAGAAGAUGAGGAUGAUGACAAUGAGGUCGAGAAUACUGAUCCUCGGUGGACAAUUACAGAGAGGGAACAGGCUCUUAUGGAAUGGAAUAGAGAGAAGAAAAGAUCUAAGAAACGGAAAGGCCGUGCUAAAUAUAAAGCCAUUCAGGAAAUUAAGGAAGAAGAAAGACUAGCUAAACUUCAAGAGGAAGAGGCACUUCUGAAAAGUCUAAAUGUAAAUAAUGAUCUGUAG